UAGUUCAGUUUCAACGCCAAAACAGCAGUUUCUUUAAAAAAGAAAAUGAAAAUUGUAUGGAUUUGGUGUGUAUUGUGUGAGAUCAUCAUGCUUGUUCUUUGUACAGAAGUACCAUUGACUUGUGAUGAAUUCAAAGAAGAAGAAAUAUUAUACGAAGGACUUUAUUGCACAGUGGCCGGUGUUCAUUUGGGUGAUUUCGAUACGUUCAAUUGCAAUGUGUAUCCAUACUAUCGUCAUUUGGUUAAAGUUGUGAAAUUCACCGAUAGUCGUACAAUUAAUGUACCCUAUAUGAUAUUUCAUUACUUCGAGGGUAUACGUGAAUUUGAUAUAUCGUUUACCGAAUUGGAGUCGAUUCGUCGCGGUGAUUUUAUCAAAGCUGAAAAUCUAAUGUAUUUAACGGCCGCACAUAAUAAAAUGUCGGAACUGACAUCGUCAUUGUUUUUGGGUGCUCCAAAUAUAUCCGUGGUGGACUUUUCGUACAAUAACAUCGAGCGUGUUAGUGCAAGUGCGUUUGCGAGUGCAUCACUAAUGUCACGAUUACAUUUGUCACAUAAUUCAAUUCGUACAUUGGAUAAAAACACAUUCGCAACGAUGAUAAUGUUAGACGAAUUGUAUUUGGAUUUUAAUCAAUUGGAAUCAAUCGACGUGGAUUUGUUUGCGCAUAACAUACUAUUGGCUCGCCUGUUCUUGAACAACAAUCGUAUCAUUCAAUUGGAUUGUGAUUCGAUAAAGGAUUUGAAAUACUUAAAUAAAAUCGAUUUAUCGGUGAAUAAAUUGCAAGAAUUUAACACGAGCUGUGUAUCAGGCAUUGAUUUGGAUUUAAUCAUUCACGAUAAUCAAUUGAAAAAGCUGACACUGCGCAAUGUGGCUGCUGUUCAUGCGUCGCAUAAUCAAAUCGAAAACAUUUACAUCGAAGACGGCAUAAGUAACUUGAAAAGUUUAAAGUUGGCCGCCAACAACUUGACCAAUUCGAAUGUCACGAAAAUUUUCGAGCAUCUUAGUUCGUUGGAAACACUUGAUUUGUCAUAUAAUUACGUGGGCAAAUUAAACAUCGGCACAUUUGCCAAACUCACAAAUUUGGAGCACCUUCAUCUUGGACAUACAAACUUAUCCAAUAUUAAUUUCGGAACGUUUUUCCAUCAAAAAGAGCUCAAAUCUUUGGAUCUUUCUUAUAACAAUCUGACAGUCUUGAAUUUUGACGUAUUUUUACCGUAUUUAAAAAAUUUGGAGUCACUUGUACUGGAUGGCAACAAUUUAACCGAAAUGGAAGGACUGACGAACAGCAUGUUUCCGCAAUUGUCAAUGCUCAGCAUAUCAAAUAACAGUUUUAAUUGCACUUAUUUGGCCAAGUGGUUGCGAACACUGAAAUGGGAUGAACUUGGACUGAGCAUCGACCCGGAUCUGGUUCAUACCAAUGAAACGCAUAUCAAUGGCAUUGCAUGCGAUCACCGGACCAACGAUUCCAUUGCAUAUAAUCGCAUUCAUAGCGACCACUACGAUCACCAGUACAACGUUCACAAGGCAAUUGUUGCAAUUCUUAAUCCAAGCCACAACAAUCAUGGCAACAAAACCGAUAAUGACAACAGCAACAACGAAGGCAACGGCGACAGCGAUAUUCAUGAAUUACAUAUUUCAAACUCGGUAGAUCGUGAACGUGUUCUGGAAGCGCAUUUGUUAACCAUGAAAUAUUUACUUGUAUUUAUCUGCUGUGUUUGCCUCGCAUUUGUUAUCACAAAAUUUGUAACCAUCUUUCGCGCACAUCGUAAGCUUGACUUUCAUGUGGCCAGCUGCAAUAACGGAGUUUAUCUACAGGACAGCGACAAAUAUGACAUUUAUCAAUCAACAGCAACCAUGAAUACCAUACAAACAAAUGUCGCCUACUGAGAAAAUACAACAAUCGGAAGAUGCUCAAUCGAGCAUAUCAGCUUCAUUUGGCUUUUGAGGAUGAAAUUCAUUUGUUGGAAUAAAUUUUGAGCGGAUUUGAGAUUUUUUUAGAUAGAGAUUUAGAAAGAAAAAAGUGAAAAAAUAAA